UAUAAAACUUCAGUAAAAUCCUGCCCUCUGAUUGGCUAAAAUACAUCUUCGGGUGUUUUCCGUAUCUUAUCCAUUGAUUGACAAACAUUUAAAUUAAGAAUAAAACAAAGGUUGCAUUGUUACAACUUAUCCCCGAGUUUUGUCCGAAUCGUAUGUUCGGAAGUUAGAUUUCCGACCUAGCGCUCACGUCGCCAUUUUGAAUUCUACAUGCUUCCUCCUCGAUAUAUUAAGACAAGUCUCUCGCUAUUCAUUAUCUCUUCGAAAAUAGUUUGAAAAUCUAUUGUAUAUACUUUAAAGAAACGCUUCUGAGUUCUGUUUGCUUGCAAACUUUGUCCGGGAAGUUAGAAAAGCUUGUCAUGGCGUUCAAAAGGCAGGCAUGUUGCUGCCCAAACCACGAGGCUUGGUGUGGCAGUAAGCCUUCAGAUGUGGAACAGAGGUCCCUGAGAAAGGCGAACAGAGUAGAGAAAGUUUUCUUGGAGCUAGAUGACAAAGGCAAAAAGGGCUGGUCUAGAAGCAUUUGUAUGUACUGUCGACAGCGAGUCGAUUUGGAGCUUGAAAACAAACGCAUGAAAACUUCACACGAGAGCUGUAGAGAUGAAACUGCCUCAAGUUCCAGCGUGUUUUUCCAACCGGAAACCUCUGAGACCAGCGCCGCCGCUGAAUCCGCGUUAGAACCAUUCCAGGACAUUGAGGAAACCUCUGCACUAGGGCAAAUUUUGCCGUCAUCAGUUGAUGCUGUACGACUCAUGAAAGCAUCAACUAAACUAAGGGACAUAGAACUAAAGGACAUAAAACGAUGCAUUGAAGUAGAAGAUACGGCGUUUGGUGAAGCGAAGAUAUUUUUUUAGAAAAUUGUAAAAUAUAAAUAUCAGCAAUAACCCGCAAUUGUCAGUAAGAGCAGUGGAAUGCUUAUGCGGAUGCAAAAAGCUGAAAGAAAUAGUGAAUAUAAAUGCAGCCCGUCUGGAGCCAGAAGAAUUACAAUUUCUUCGCAGAAAUUUUCCGUGAGUCCUCAUGGCCUACUAUGUAUCGAAGACGGAGACCCCGAUUAUAAGCUGGACACUCUCGAAUUCAUCAAUGAGCUUAUGGAACAAACCUUGCUUGCGGCUUGUUUUAAGAAAAUAUUGUGCGUUCUGUCUGUGUCGAUAAAAUAAUAAUUAGAGGACUGCUACUACUGUGAAUUCCAGUAAACUUUAUUGCUGUGGCUUGUAUGCGAUAAUAGUUGUAUUGAGGAUCGAAUAAAGCAAAAUUGGUAACUUUA